AUGAGAAGGUUGUCGAUAAAUUUGGUCAUGACGGUAGUUCAGAAGAGAAAACAGACUACUAUUGAAGAUUUCUUUGGUGUAAAGAAGAGUACGAUUGAGGCGCCCAACAAGAAAGUGAAAACAAGUGCCACAUUCACGAGUAUAGCAAAAGAUGCAGCCACAAAGGAGGUCGUGAAGGAGACCACUGCGAACAAAGUUUCUCUUGAUUCUGAUGCAAAGGGUACUUUUUCGAAGAACUUGAGUACCAACCUACGUUCGUUACUAUUGCUAGAGUUACAAACGAUUGACGAUUCGUGGUUCCCACAUUUGAUGGAUGAAUUUAAAAAGCCUUAUUUUGUUAAGUUAAAACAGUUCGUCAAUAAAGAACAAGCAGAUCAUACCGUAUUUCCGCCACCAAAUGAUAUCUACUCAUGGACAAGGCUAACACCCUUUGACAAGGUCAAAGUCGUGAUAAUCGGCCAAGAUCCAUAUCAUAAUUAUAAUCAGGCGCAUGGUUUGGCGUUUAGCGUCAAACACCCCACACCAGCACCACCAUCAUUGAAAAACAUAUACAAAGAAUUGAAGCAAGAAUACCCUGAUUUUGUUCAAGACAAUAAAGUGGGGGAUUUAACGCACUGGGCUUCUCAAGGAGUUUUAUUACUAAAUACCGCAUUAAGUGUAAGGGCGCACAAUGCAAACUCACACUCUAAGCACGGAUGGGAAACUUUUACGAAAAGAGUGGUCCAAUUAUUAAUUCAGGACAGAGAGGCUGACGGAAAGAGCUUAGUAUUUCUUUUAUGGGGGAAUAACGCUAUUAAACUGGUAGAGUCUCUGCUGGGAUCUACUUCCGUGGGAAAUGGUAGUAAGCAUCCAAAUAUUAUGGUGAUGAAAUCGGUGCAUCCGUCGCCAUUAAGUGCAAGCAGGGGUUUUUUUGGGACUAACCAUUUCAGAAAAAUCAACGAUUGGUUAUACAAUAUCCGUGGAGAGAAAAUGAUAGACUGGAGCGUUGUUCCUGGAACGUCAUUAAAAGAAGUUAAUGAGGCGAAUGCUCGCUUGAAGCCAAAAUCAGAGGAUACUUGA